AUUGAACAGAGCAAUCUGUGGAUUCAGUAGAAAGAGAAGCUGUGCUCUGCCUACUGCAUUGCUUACAAAUACAUGCUAGAAUAAUUUCAGUUUUCAAAAUUCCUUGCAAUUUUUACUGAAGACUGCUAUUAAAAGGAAAUGGGCUUGACUGGAGUAAUUUUAAUUGUACUGCUAUUUAUUCUUGCAAUUAUGUUCCUUUUGAAAAGGGGCAGUUCCAGGAAUAACAGUUGCCCCAAUCUCCCCCCGGGGCCCAGGACUAUACCCAUUUUGGGAAAUCUGCACAUGAUGGAUCUGAAGAGGCCUGACAAAACAAUGAUAGAGUGGUCCAAAGAAUACGGUCCCAUUUUCCGCAUCAAACUGGGAUUUCAGGAGGUGGUAGUGCUAACUGGUUAUGAGACAGUGAAAGAGGCUCUAGUGAACCAGGCGGAUGCAUUUGCAGAUAGGCCCUUUAUUCCUAUUUUUGAAGAUGCAACAAAAGGGUUUGGUCUUGUUUUUGCUCGUGGGGAGAACUGGGCUGUGAUGCGACGGUUUACAUUAUCCACAUUACGGGACUAUGGAAUGGGCAAGAGGACCAUUGAAGACAAAAUCACAGAAGAGUGUAGUGUCUUAACAAAGACAAUGGAGACUUAUGCAGGAAAACCCUUUGACAUCACCAGAAUUCUCACUGCUGCUGUUUCCAACAUCAUAGUUUCUAUUCUAUUUGGGAAACGCUAUGAAUAUGAAGACGCCAAAUUUUUAUGUCUGCUGAAAAUAAUUAAAGAAAAUGUUAAGCUUAUAGGAAGCCCUGCUAUAUUGCUAUAUAAUUUGUUUCCCAAGUUGGGGUUUCUUUUGGGUGCUCAUAAAUUAAUAAUGAAGAAUCAAAAGGAGCUCCAUGAUUUCAUACAGACUACCUUCAUAGAAUAUCUCCAAGACCUUGAUGAAAAUGACCAGAGAAAUUUUAUUGAAUCAUUUCUUGUUCGGCAAAAACAGGAAACUAUGAAGAUGACACAUAGUGGAUAUUUCCAUAAUGGAAACCUUAUAAGUCUUGUAAAUGAUUUAUUUGGUGCUGGUACGGAGACAACGGCAAACACUUUGCGCUGGGCCAUACUCCUAAUGAUGAAGUACCCAGAAAUUCAGAGUAAGAUCCAAGCAGAAAUUGCAAGAGAGAUUGGUGAUAUUCAACCAAGCACUGAGCACCGAGUCAAAAUGCCUUACACAGAUGCUGUAAUUCAUGAAUUUCAAAGAUUUGCUGAUAUUGUUCCCUCCAAUGUGCCACAUGCAACCACCAUGGAUAUAACUUUCAAAGGCUUCUUUAUCCCCAAGGGCACACACAUCAUUCCCUUGCUGACAUCUGUGCUCCAUGAUGAAUCUCAGUGGGAGAAACCUCAUGAAUUCUAUCCUGAGCAUUUUCUUGAUUCUGAAGGAAAAUUUGUGAAGAGAGAUGCAUUCAUGCCAUUUUCUGCAGGUCGGAGAGUUUGUGCAGGUGAGAAACUUGCCAAAAUGGAACUCUUUCUCUUCUUUACCAGCCUCUUGCAGAAAUUUACCUUCCAGCCACCCCCAGGAACAUCUAAAGAUGAUCUGGACCUGACCCCUGUUGUUGGACUUACCUCCAUUCCCAUGCCGUACAACACCUGUGCUGUGUUACGUUGAUCUGACACAAAAAAACUAUAACACAUUUUUUCAACCUUGCAUUGCCUUCAUUUUGAGAGGCACAAUUUAAUGAAAGAAUCCACUAUUGUCUAUGAUUCAUGUGUUGUUGGAAGAUGAAUGGUAAUAAUCUAUGUAAUUGCUAUGUAACAGGAGGAAUAACCCAACCUGUCUAAUAGGAGGAAUGACUCAAGUUGUCUAUUACCAUAGUGACCCAUCUUAUCGCAUAACGUAGACAAUAAAGUCUUUACCACAAAAACACUAAAUGUGCUUCUAAAUAAACUGAUACAGAUUAA